AUGGACUGCCGAUCCGACGCGGGAGAGAGGCCGCAGCGCCUGACAAGCUGCCGGCGGCUUCGGGUCUUCCGGCCAGCGGGCCGGUUCGGGAGCCCGAGCGGCCGUUGUGCCCCGGCGCGCCGCUUCUCAGCACUAGCCGGCGGUCUGGGGGCACUGCGGCCCCGCGCCCCGGCGGUCCGCGGCGGCGCGUCACGUGCCUCGCCGCUGCUCCUCCUCCUGCUCGUGCCCUCCCCGCGCCUGGUCGCAGCCGCGCCGAGCCGCCCCUUCGGGGACUGGGAGCGCUCGCGGCCCGGGCCCCCAUGGGCCGGGCCAAACGGCACGCGGAGGGGCCAGUCGGGCGGUACCUGUGUCGCUGGCGCCUUGCACCUGUGCCACGUCUCGGCCGCUGCCCUCAGGUCUUCGAGAGAGCUCAGCCUGUCAGCUGGGUCCUUGCAGCUGGAACACAAAAGAAGGGACUUCGCCUCCUCUGGGACCAGGAAGUUCUUCUUCGACACCCAUGCCUUAGUGUGCUUACUCGAGGAAAAUGGGUUUACCACUCAACAAGCAGAAAUUAUUGUGACUGCAUUGGUCAAGACCACGGAGGCCAACUUGGAUGUCGUCUACAAAGAUAUGGUCAACAAAAUGCAGCAGGAGAUCACUCUUCAACAGAUCAUGUCUCAGAUUGCCAAUGUGAAAAAGGAUAUGAUUAUUUUGGAGAAGAGUGAAUUUUCAGCCCUCAGAGCAGAAAAUGAGAAAAUCAAACUUGAACUACUUCAGUUAAAACAACAAGUAAUGGAUGAAGUGAUCAAAGUCCGGACAGACACCAAAUUAGACUUCAAUCUAGAAAAGAGCAGAGUAAAAGAAUUGUAUUCAUUGAAUGAAAGGAAGCUGCUGGAAAUGAGGACCGAAGUGGUGGCAUUGCAUGCCCAGCAGGACCGAGCUCUCACCCAGACAAAUCGGAAGAUUGACACAGAGGUUGCUGGCCUCAAAACCAUGCUCGAGUCGCACAAGCUUGAUAAUAUUAAGUAUUUAGCAGGGUCUGUAUUUACUUGCCUAACAGUAGCUCUGGGAUUUUACCGCCUGUGGAUAUAAUAAAAUGUCUAUUUCAAG